AUGGAUAAUAAAAUGGAAGGUCGUAAUGAUGAUCAAGCGGCUCAAAACAUCAACCUUGAAAAUAAUACAGCUAGAGAAGAAUUAGAAAGCUCUAGCAAUUUUAUUCAACAAAGCAACAAACAAAAAACAGCUACUUCAAAUAAAAACUUAAACGGCCAACUAAGAGCCUUAGACUUAGGAGAAGAAUCCAAAGCAAGAUGAACGAAUGAGGAAAACUUUGUCCUAGUGAGGCUUUAUAAAGUUUAUGGAGCGAGAUGAAGCACCAUCUCUGGAUUUUUCAACGACAGAAGCGAAUUUUCAGUGAAAAAUCAUUUUUACUAUUUAAAAAAAAGAAUGCCGGUAAACGAGCAAAUUAAAAUCAGUCAAGAACUUAAACAUAAUAGAGAAAAGCGGUUUCUUUUAUUGCCCAACAAGCAAGCAGUAAACUGUGAAGAAAAAAUGGAUGAAGAGGCAAUUGUAGACAGCUUUUUUGCUGAUUAUUUGGAUUGUAAGAUAAGCAAAAAAAUACAUGGAAAACGAGAAGAAAUUAGCAUGAGCACCUGUGAAAGUGACAAAAAUAUUGAUUUUCAGCAAGACAGACUAUCCAUGCUUAAAAGAUUCAGUGAAAUUAUAGAGGACCAGCUUGCCAUUAAGAAAGCGAAAGUGUCAGAGAAUUUAAGCUAA